GUGGUCGUCUUUAUGAGAAGAACGUGUGUUCACGAAACAUCGUGAGGGCGGUGAGGGCGCAGUCGCGGUUGGUGCAUCUUUGAUCGUGCUUCUUCACCGGUCCGCUUGGACGCCUCGGGCUGCGGGCAGAUGCUCUACCGCGAUCGCGACGUGCGUUCCCAUUGGUCAUUACUCGCGCUCCAACAAUCGAAUCGACAUUUACUACACGAUUCGAUCUUUCCUCCCGUCCCGCUAUUGCAGCUACACUAUAAACGAGGUGUCUACGCGCGGUACGUUUAUCGAAUUUCGCCACGACUGAUCAUCGGCCGUCCUUCCUCUCCCUACUCUCGCGGGAUAAACUCUUUGAUGCCGUCGUCUUGGUCGUGAUUCCUGCCUAUCUGCCAGAUCUGCGAUCUACCUGGCACCCUGGCAGCAGCGGCGCAGCGCCGUCAACACAACAGCGAGAAAGCGAGUGGCGACAGACAAACGCGAGCGCAGCGCCGCCGCCAUCAGCGCGACCGCCAUCGCAACGAGGUGCGCUAUUCUGUUCAUCGCGACUAGCCACGAAGAAAUGCCCGUAGGUUCAAGAUCAAUCAGUCCGAGUUUCUGUGCGACGAUCAUGGAGGUAUUGUUGUCGUCGAGCCAGUAACGCGAGCGAGCGAGCCAAUCAGAGUCGAGCACACGCCGCCCGUUGUUGUUCCGAUAUCGAGCAUCGAAUAUCGUAUCACUUCACGCUCAGGUCGGGUCAGCUGCUGCUGUACCGCGUUGCCUCUACGCUGGAUUGUUGGUGUAUGUGUAUAUAUUAGUCACCUCGCCGCCGCCGCCGUGAUUGCAACCGCGACCGUGAUACUUCCAUCGGGGUGCGCCGCACGGGCUUGUGUACGAUGGAGCUACGUGUUGGUAAUAAGUACCGGCUAGGACGGAAAAUCGGGAGCGGCUCCUUUGGCGACAUUUACCUAGGUACCAAUAUUUCCACGGGUGAGGAAGUCGCUAUCAAGUUAGAAUGCAUAAAAACACGACAUCCGCAGUUGCACAUAGAGUCCAAGUUUUACAAGAUGAUGCAAGGAGGCGUUGGAAUACCAACUAUAAAGUGGUGUGGUUCGGAAGGUGACUAUAACGUUAUGGUGAUGGAGUUACUUGGACCAUCACUGGAAGAUUUAUUUAAUUUUUGUUCGAGACGUUUUUCUUUGAAAACAGUUCUGCUCCUUGCCGAUCAAUUGAUAAGUAGAACAGAUUAUAUUCACAGUCGCAACUUCAUUCAUCGUGAUAUUAAGCCAGACAACUUUCUGAUGGGUUUGGGAAAGAAGGGAAACCUCGUCUAUAUUAUAGAUUUCGGAUUAGCUAAAAAGUAUCGCGAUGGACGCACACACAAGCACAUACCCUAUCGAGAAAACAAAAAUCUGACGGGAACUGCCAGAUACGCGAGUAUAAAUACGCAUUUAGGAAUUGAGCAGUCACGACGGGACGAUCUUGAAUCUCUGGGCUAUGUCCUCAUGUACUUUAAUAGAGGUAGUCUACCUUGGCAGGGCUUAAAAGCAGCAACAAAGAGACAGAAGUAUGAACGCAUUUCCGAGAAGAAAAUGUCUACUCCUGUAGAAGAGCUUUGCAAAGGUUAUCCUGUGGAGUUUGCGUCGUAUUUAAGGUACUGUCGAGACUUACGCUUCGAAGAAAGGCCGGAUUAUUCGCAUCUCCGACAACUUUUCCGGACACUGUUUCAUGGUCAAGGCUUUACCUACGACUAUGUUUUCGAUUGGAAUAUGCUGAAAUUUGGUAACGCGAGACAACCGACAUUACCUUCUGCACAGCAAGCGCCCAUGCAUUCGCAACCGUCUAAUGCGGCGUUACCUUCCGGGACCAACAAUGAUCAGGAACAUCGAUCGAGACCCUAUACGCGGCAAUGUUUGCCGAAUGCGUCCGUAGCGGCGGUAGGCCCGACGCUUGGACCAAAUGCUAGUCUGCGAGCGAUCCGGCAGAAACGCGAGAUGGAGACUCGUGGUGACCAGGACAAUCAGGACAAGAGUGAUCUUCAAGGUAAAAUACAAUUCUACCAACAAUUCUGCGCAAGCCAGAAUUUCGCUAUUGCCGAUCGAAAAACGCAACGCAAUGUGACAGUCGGACACACGCAACAGCCCACAUCUGGCUGCAAUGAAACCGUUGCCGCGACACGUGUGGCAAAUCCAUGUCAAUUUAGUACAUUCAAGUUAACCACACCGAGUAGUAGAGCGGCGCCGCUACCGUCGUCAGAUGUAGCGGCUUCUCUAGACCUGACCAGUCUUAAUUUAGGACGUAAUCGGGAAUUAGGCCCCAAUUGUACCGUCGAUUUAAAUCCCGCAACCGCAUCGCGCGAUUAUUAUCAACCGGUGCUAAGUAGACCACGUGAGAGGAGUCCAAACACAACGUCCCGUCAACUCGAUAAGCAGAGUUAUUUUUUUCAUGGGCAUAAAACUGAGAAAGAUGUAGAUCGCGAGGUCAUGAUGUUUGAGGAUCUAGAGACAGAUGAUUCGAAUUGCAUUCGACGGAUGACGGACGAUAGGGAUGACAUCGCGGCGACCUCAGGCGGUUCGAUGAAUUGUUUCGGUGGUCCGGAUAAAGAGAAAGACUACGUUGAUUAUGACGGUGACAAAAAACUUAAGUAUCCAACAAUGAGUGGCGCACGACGUCUCACUACGGCGUAUGAGACGCGUCGCGAUUCAGGAAACGUAGAAUUCCUCGAGAAGGAGGGUGAGAUUUUUAAGAAAAGCAACAGUGAAUUGUUACAGGAAGCCUUCACUAAUAAACGUAGAAAUUUCUCUUUUCGUAAUAAAGAAAAAACGCAUAAAAGCUUAGAAUCGUUCGAGAGAAGCAUCGAUCUACCCACGGCAGAUUGUAAGAGCCUGGAUCUUUUGCCGGAAGAGCGGCCGAAAAUCUUUUUUCAUGGUAAACAGAGAAGUCUUGAUUCCUCGCAAAAGUUGACAAAAAAAUCCAUUGAUUUAAUGGCGAGCAAAGAGCACAAACGGCCUAGUUUCUUUCAAAGAGUUGGUAGAAGUUUGCAUUUUUUACUCAGGGAGCGCGAGAAACAUCAGGAUUUCUUAAAACGAGACGAAUACUCGAUUAACACCCAGUAUCCUCAGACCGAUCAGGAAAAGUGCGAAUAUUUUUUACAGAGGUAUCAGGAAGAUAUUGAUUUUUUUGAACGUGCACCAAGCACGUUAACUGAUCGUGCUCCCGUCCAGUCAAAUCUCGGUUCUUUCGAUGAGACAAAUAUUACCUUUAUUCAAAAUUUUAUCGGUCUUUCUAAAAACGCGAAGCUUAAGGAGAGUACAUUUCGUACAACGGCAGAUUCGAAUACAAAUAUCGCGGAAAGGAAUACAUGUCUUAGCGCCGAGACACUAUCGUGUCUCCAGAUAAGACAGAAUAAUUUGAGCGCGGGCGAACCAUCAGUGCAAUCCGAUAAUCUUACUAACGCUGCUGAACUGGUGCAAUCGAGACUUUUAGAUCCUGUCGCAAGUGUCGCUACGCAAGAAACCAUGAGUGGCAAUAAAGACAGCUUAGAGGUCGGAUAUUCCAUUAGUCAUCUUGGCAGACGGUACUUACAGAAUCUGCAGCAUUUAGGUUGUAUGGAUGGUUUGCAAUCUCUGGAGAAUGCCACCGAAACAGAGAAACGUGAUCGUUAUAUAAAAUGGAUAAUCAGAGACGAUCUGGACAUAGUGAGCGUCACAAAAUCUAACGAUUAUCUGGCUCAUGGUAAACCACAGGGUAACUUGGAUAUUCUUAAGGGUAUUCUUCUCGAUAUUUUCGUUUGUUGUAUUUAAAAACGGAUAGGGGUUUUACAGAGUCUCUGAGAGAGAAAAUCAAGGCAUUCUCUUACAUCACGUACUAAGCGAUGUCUUAUUACACUGCAUAAAAUUAUGCCAAGAUUUCGAUAAUCAAGA